GAACUGUUACACGAUUUUGUAACAGUAAUGAUGGUCCUCCUGUUUGGAGUGAUGUGAGUUUUUUCAACUGUAGAAGUUCUGCUGUUAUCGAUCUUGUUGAUAAGGUGAUUGUCGAAGUAUGAUCUAACAGUAUCAUCAGUUAAGCAUGUACACUAAUCGUAGUUUGUGUCUAAACUCCCUGAAGAACAUCAACUACAAUUUGAUCUUUUUCAGGUAGUUCAUAAUAAGCCGCGGCAUCGUAAUGCAAAAUGCUAUACCUAAUCUGGAGACCUAUACGUUUGAGAUAUCUUUUUCAUGUCAUUCAGACGAGGAUUAUUGUAGAGUAUUGUCUGUGCCGGAGCAUCACAAUUAUCUCUAAACAAAGCGAUGCCAAACAUACCUACAUUACCCCAAUUGUAGUUAGAAGUGUGUAGGAUCAAAAAAUGGGCAAUCCCAUACUGUAGCUGGGUUUAUUAAAUUGGACUGUGCAGCACAUUGAUAUGAGACAGUUGUCGGAGUCACAAAAUUGUCCACUGAAUUGACUUUGCGUUGGGAGAUGGAAAAAUUUUGUAUCAUUUGCUCACUUCCAUAACUAUAACAAUACCCCAGCAUGACUGUAGCAUAUAAAAAAUUUGACUGAAAUCCACUUUAAAGGUGUCCAGACUGGUCGAGGGUUUUGAAUCGGAGAAUAUUAGUGACAUUUUGGACGAAACAGAACAAGUUUUAGAAGACGAUAAACUUUAUGUAAAAGAUAUUCAAGACAUUGUUCAAGAGGUUUUAGAGAAUACAAAGCAGAGAACGGAAACACAAAAUGAUCGUCAGCAAUUUAUUCGCUCAUCAAGUAAUAUAGUGAGUCAGAAGAGAAAGAAUGUAUGGAUGAAUAUACCGGUAAGAUGGCAUGCAAGUAUUUUAAAUUAAUGCUGCAGAACGCAGCGGUACACCACGCCCCGGCUAUAUCCAGAGUUGAGUCGACCCACUCUUUUAUCUAACAUUUUCGAAAUCUCCAUUCUACUUCGGUCGAUUUUGAUGUCUGGAUUUUGCGCAAUACGUUUUAAUAAGAAAGUGUAAUAAACGGAUGUCCACUCCAAUAAGCAAAUUCCAAUUAUUGCCUUUCACAAAGGCCAAAAUCCGCCAUUUUUGGGUUUUUUAUAAAUCAAGGAACGUAAAAAGCAACUUUUAAGUUAAAAGUUUGUAACAGCAUUUACCAUGAUACAAACAACUAUAAUACAAAAAGUCGCAUUUCGUGGUUCGGAGACUCUCAAACGUGGGAGAGGCAGCCAAAAUGGCGGAAAAUCGGACGUGAGAAAUGCUAAUUGGAAAUGCAAUAGACGGAUAUUAAUAUUUCCCGUUUAUAAAAGAUAUUGUAAUCAGAAAUUGUUCGUCACGCGCUUGUUGUUGCUAUUCAAGAUAUAGGAAUAAUUUAUUUCAAAAUAAAUUAUGAUUAAUAUGACACAAUUGCAAUAUCCCUACGUAAAACUACGUGACCUAAAGCGAAACGAUAAACAAGAAAACCGCUUCGCUUUUAUAUAGAAACAUUUGUCAAAAUAUGUCAAGUAUCAAUGCCAUUAUAAUCCCGUUUUACUAAGCCAACUGCAUUUCGGACAACACAAUCCCCACCCACUCACUCACUCACCCAACCCUUGACGAAGAAAUAAAUCUUAAAUAAAGGAAAUAAUUGCAUAAUUACAUGUAUAUUAUUAUGUUUUAUUACCAAAUAUGAAAGUAAAUAAUUUUAUCUGUUUGAGAUCGAAGAAAUAAAGAAAGCAGGGCGGAUAAGGGAAGCCAGCUCGGACAUGAUAAUUAUUGAAUGUCCAUGACGGUGAGGGACUUUACUCUCACGAUGCAUGAUCUUGUUUCCCCUGCUUUGGUUGUGGUCCUUGCCCCCAAAAAGGACGUUCCGUCACUCAACUUUGGCCACAAGUUGUAAAAAGUGAAAUUCAACAUGAAAGUUGACUUAACUUUUGGAAAUUUGUAAUUCGUAGUAUCACGACCAGACGCUGUUGUGUUUUAUUAAAUUAAUGAAUUUGGGAAAUAUAUAUUGCCCACUUUUUAUUCAGUAAAGGAUUAAACCAAAAACUGUCUUUGCUUUCCAGUCUAGAAAUAAUUUGGCGAAGCAGGUUAUCAGUGGCGCGGAUCUGAAUGCGAGGAACUACAUCUCACAAAGUGCAGAAAUAGGAAAAGUUGCUUUAUAUAGAACACCCAACAUAGACGUCAUUGGAAUACGUCUACCAACAGUAAAACCCACCGAACUUCAAGCUAAAGGUACCAGUUUGCUGGACACAGCUGGAGAGGGCGUGGUUAUCCCUGAUGCUCUGACCAAUGAGUUAAAAGAAGCAACUGUAGUGAAGUACAGUUCAAUCAAGGAUAUUUUAUCUGAAGAAGAGUUGAAGGAAUCCGUGGAUAAUACCAUAGAAUCGACUGAAUCAUUGACAAUCAGAAGUACUAUUGUAUCUCUCAUAACUAAACCAGGGUUUAAUGAAUCGGAAAAACCUUUUAAGAUUGUACUUCAGAAUAACCAG